AUGGAUCCAGACAGUGGGACCGAAACACAGAAAGCAGUCAGCUUGCAGUGGGAAAGCUACAAACUCGUCCAGGACCCGGCCAUUCGGCGGGUUACGCAGAAGGUUUACAGAUAUGACGGAGUGCAUUUCAGUGUUCCAGACUCCGGGUUUCCCCCUGUGGGAGAACUCCGGGACCCUAGACCCCGGAGAUUAUGGUCGAGGUAUACAGAAAUAUCCCUACCAGUGCCAAAGUUCAAGCUCGAUGAGUUCUACGUGGGCCCCAUACCCCUCAAAGAGGUGACCUUCGCCAGGCUCAAUGACAACAUCAAGGAGCCUUUCCUGGCAGAAAUGUGCUCCAAGUUUGGUGAAGUGGAGGAGAUGGAGAUCCUGUUUCAUCCCAAGACCAGGAAGCACUUGGGUCUGGCCAGGGUGUUGUUCACCAACACGAGAGGAGCGAAGGACACAGUCAAGCAUUUGCACAACACCUCUGUCAUGGGAAACAUCAUUCAUGCUCAGCUAGAUAUAAAAGGUCAACAGCGGCAGAAGUACUACGACCUCAUAGUAAACGGGUCCUACACUCCUCAGACGGUGCCGCUUGGAGGGAAAGCUUUGACGGAUAGCGUUCAGUCUCAGACGCCGGCGCAGCCGGAUACGUCGGAAAUCCGGCGGAGGUAUUCCAGUGAGCUUGCGGUUUUGGCUGCAGGAGUCCACGCCCUGACCUCGGGAAGCAUGACGCCGUGUUCUGCUGAAACCGGGUUUGGAGAACAGCGUGUCGACACGCCGCCUUCGUCGUUACCCGGUCCAUACACGCCGAGCUCCACUGCUUCGUCUCAGGGGGGCGGAGGGACACCUUACAGCUCCAGAUCUGGGACUCCUUUCUCACAAGACUCAGGCUACUCCGGCAGCAGGCAUCCGAACUACAACGCAGGCUCUUUGAGCAGCGGCUAUCCUCCCCAGGACAUGUUACCAUCUUCAUCUUCAUCGUCCGCAGUCUCGUCUUCUGUUGGAGGUUUUAAAGUGUCUCGUUACCCCGAUGAACAGGACCCAUCACUGUACCACCGAGGUCGUCCUUCGUACCCCCCGACCACAUCGUACCGUCCCAAUGAGCCGCCGGGCUACGCGCCCUACCAAAACCUCGGAGGUCCCGGCUCACACAUGGCGCAUCACUCCUCAAUGCCUCCACCGCCGAUUUGCAACCAGUACGACCAGCCUCUGCUGCCGGACAGGGAGCGGAGCGAAUCAGCGGGGAGGUAUGCGGCCGCGGGGGUCGGUUCUAGAAGGUCGUCCUACCAUCACCAGCAAGACUCAAACUCCUCCUCGAAGUACCAUUCCCACCACUCCCACCACCAUUCGGACCGCCGGGACGACCGGGGUUACCGGCGAGACAGCGUGGGCUCCCGCUCUGGCGACCACGGCCACCAGCGGCACCGCAACCACCACCACUCUCACAACCACCACGGCAGUCGCAGAAGAAGCAGCCACGACCGGGACCGCGACCGAGACGCCGACUACGCCAACAGCUCCGACCCCAGAUACAACUCCAACUCCUACCGAUCGUCGUCCAACAGCAUGUCGCCGCCGCCGUCAUCUUACUCAGCGUACGCCUCCUCCAAAGAUCCCGCCCCGACCCCGCCGCAGGAUGGUUCCUCCCGUUCGGCGGGUUCAACCCUGGCAGAGAAAGCUGGGUCUGAUAAGGACCAUCACGGCGCUUUGCCUCCCCCGCCGCCUCCUCCGCCGCCGCCGCUCCCACCGGCCUCCGUUAUUGCAGCAGCCGUCGCCGAGACGCUGGGAACGCUAGACUUUAACCAGGACAGUCCGGCCCGCGAAGACCAGUGGACCAAACCCAAACGCCGUCCCACCACGCCACCCGCCCCGCCCAAAACGCCACCACCAUCCUCCCCUUCCCAACCUACUACCGCCAAAUCUUCCUCCAACUCUCCCUCCUCAGCCUCCCUUCCUCACCACCUUUCCUCUUCCUCUAGCUCCCCUCCACCUCCUCAUCGCGACUCCUCUCCAGAGCCGGACUCCACAAACGAGAGUUUGCCGUUUGUCUACCACAGCAGCAGCCUGGACUCUCGAAUCGAGAUGCUCCUGAAGGAACAAAAGGCCAAGUUUUCCUUCCUCGCUUCUGACGAGGAAGACGAGGAGGACAGGAAAGAGGAGAAGCAGAGGAGCAGAGUUAGAGAGGGAGCGGAGCGAAGAAGUGACGCUGCGAAGGAGCAGGAGCACAGGGGGGACAACGGGGAGAAGGAUCACAGGAAGAAGGGGGAAAGAGACAGAGAAGGACACAGAGGGAGAAAACGGGGAAAAGGAGAAGGGAGGAAGAGUCCGACUGUCCUCGCUGCGGGGACACAACCCUCCGAAAAUUAUUCCCCCCACAUCGUACCUCCAGAGGAACCUCCGCCCCCCGUUGGCAUCGAUGCUACUGAAGCUCUGCAGCAAGACGAUCCUCAGGCUGGUUCUGCUGAUCCGGGGGUCCGGACCGGAGCGCACACGCCGCCGCCGUUUAACGGGCAGAGCCAGGCGUCUCCUCAUUCUUCUGGCGAAGACAUGGAGAUCUCAGACGACGACGCUGAGGAAACGACCACCAUAACGACCGUCACGACUCACCAGCCGACAGUCGCCUCAGGAUCAACACCGUCAUCCUCACAAGCCGCCGCCGCCGGACUCUCACAGCCGGCAGACCCCUCAUCCUCUCCGCCCCCCAUCUCUGAUUCCUCACAGCACUUUGGGACGUCCAUGCACCCGCCGAUUCCUUCCUACCCGCCCCAUUUACCGCCCCCUCCUCCGCCCGGCUACUCCCUUCAGCCGCCACCUCCGCCUGGGAUUCCACCUCUUCCUCACAUGGAGCUACACCCCGAGUAUCCUCCCCCGAUGCCUCACCACAUGUACGAUUAUGCCACCUCCAUGGAGCUGAUGAACCAGUACAGCGGUGGAGCCCCGAUGUCGUUCCAAAUGCAAACCCACAUGCUAAGCCGCCUGCAUCAGAUGCGUUUGUCGUCGUCCAAUGGCACGGCAGGGCCGAGCGAGGCUGCGACCGGAGACUACGCAUCGUACCAUCUUCACUCUAUGCCACCGCCUCACACGCACCACCCCUACAUGGACCAAGAGGGCAAUGGGGCGGGGGCUCACUACGACCAGGACCACAGAUACAUGCCACCCCAUAUGUCAUACCCCUACCAUGAACCCCACAGCACUCAGAUACCACCUCCUCCACACCACAGCAUCCCGCCUCCGCACUCUGGGUGGCCGCCACACGUCUUACCGCCUCACUUCCAGUCCUACUUGCCGCCGCCCGGCUACGGCACCAUGCUGACUGGGGAGGGAGACGAGUACAGCGCCUCUGGGGAGGCAUUGCCCAUGAUGGCGGAGAAUCCGCACGAAGCGACGGUUCAGAUGGUGCUGGCCUCUUUGAUCCAGGAGAUGAAGAACAUCGUGCAGCGGGACCUGAACCGCAAAAUGGUGGAGAAUGUCGCCUUCGCCACUUUUGAUGAGUGGUGGGACAGGAAGGAGACCAAGGCCAAGCCUUUCCAGACGAUGGUUAGGGGAGUGUCUGCCUUACGGGACGAUGAAAAGAAAGAGGAAAAGGUCAACCGUCCUCGAGAGCCUCUGAUGUCACUUGUGGAUUGGGCAAAAAGUGGGGGCGUGGAGGGGUUUUCUCUUCGUGGAGCGCUGCGAUUACCUUCAUUCAAGGUGAAAAGGAAAGAACCUCAGGAGUUCAAAGAGGGAGACUUAAAGAGGCCUCGGCCUUCAACUCCACCAGAUGAAGAUGAUGAAGCUGGGAGAAUGCCAGAGGCAGACAGGCAUGCAGCUGAUCGGGACAACAAGAGGAGGAAAAAGAAGCCAAGAAGUCGUAAACCCUGGGAGCUUGACAGUGAAGGAGAGGAAACAUCCGACGGCUCAUCGAGCGAGAAGGAGGACGAAGAAGUGGAAAGUGAAAAGGAAUCAGAUGAUGACGGGCUCAGUAGUGACAGCGAUGAUGAGAGCCUGUCUUCGUCCUCUGAAGGUUCUUCCUCGUCGGCGUCCUCCUCUUCGUCCUCUUCUGAGGACGAGGAGGAGGAGGAAGGGGAGCUAGUGGAAAGUGCCGGUCCGGACUCCAUGGAUGAGUCAACAAUGGACAGCACAACUGAGAAAGAGGAUGACAGGCAUAUUGUUGCAGGUGCUGUUCCGAAAGUCGACAUCAAAAAAGGUGUUUCUAAGGAAAUCAAGGCCGAUAUCCCGGCGGCUCCUUUGUCUCCACUCGGCCCUCGCCCUUCGUCUCCAAACGCUUUCGUUCCUCCUUUGAAGAAACGCAGGAAGACUGUUUCCUUCUCCACAGACGAGAACGACAGCAAACCCCUGCUCCCAGCUCCGUCGCCAACGCAACCGGGAAGCGAGGCUCCGCCCACUGCCGACAAGCCUCUGGACUCCCCCAUCGCUCUCACGCCGCCGCCUUCCUGCCGACCCGCUCACAGCAUCCAGCUGCUUCCCUUCGCCUCGAAACCCGGCGAAGGCAACGCGCUCAUCGUCCCGCCGCCGAGCCGGAACCAGGACCCCGAGGAGUCCAAGAAGACGCCCCUGGCUCCCUCCCCGAAAUCCCCCGGCAAGCGGGUUGCGAGCAAAGACUCGCCCCGACCCGCCUCCGCUCCGGUCAUGGUGUGCCGCACCGUUCAGAACCUGCCGCUGGACCACGCCUCGAUGUGUCGCAUGGCAUUCGAGGAAGCCCCUGCAGCGGCGCCGGGCAACAAGCGGUCCAGAGGCCGGACCCGGACGCCCAGCAUGUGUCACGCCGUCAGGGAGGAUGAGGAGGACGAAGAGGACGGCGAGCAGCGGCUGAGGAUCAGGGAGCAGGUCGGCGCGUCCAGCCUUCUGCAGCUGGCCGGCGCGGACCUGUCGGUGCUGGCGGACGUGGCGCUGAAAAUGGACCCGGAAGCCGGGGACUCAGAGGAGACGGAGACGUCGGACGAGGCUGAGGAGCAGAAGAUGGAGGGCGACCCGUUCUCCCUGGAGUCGCUGGCUCUGGUGAUGAGCCCCGGCGGCGUCGUCGUACUUCUGGAGCACAACUACUGCAAACCUCCGGCGCUCGCCGCCGCCACCGUGGCAUCCGGCGCCAGGAAACCCGCCGCCAGGCAGGACGCGUCCGUUUUGGUGUCGGCGGACCUCAACUCUAUCUCUGGAGUCCUGGAGGCGCCAGAGGAGGUAAUCGGAGAGGCGGCGCCGCCCAGAGGAGACAAAGGCGAAUACUUCUCCCCGGUGGGAGAUCUGGGUGACUCUGAUGAUAACAGACAGAUGGCGCCGGUGUCUCCGUCACCAAAGAGGAAGAAUUACGUCGGCAAAGGCUUGGAGGUCGACCAGGACAAGAGCGAGAAGAGGAAGAGGAAAGACAAGGAGAACCUGGAGCCGCAUCGCACGAAAAAGCAGAAGGAGCCGCUCGGCAAGAAGCAAAGGAAGAGGAAGCUGGAGGAAUCAGAUUUUGAGGAAGAUGUUGACGUGGAGGAGCUGGAGUCUGGAGAACUUUCCAGUUCGGACACUGAGAACGAAGUGACUGAAGGAAUGAGGAAGAGCGAGCGUCUCUUUCUGCAGGAGGCCGGGGUAACGUCGUCGCAGCGCUGGCCCAAACCUAGGCCGGCGCCUGAGCCGCUACUUUUAAAGUUUGAAAACCGCAGCGAGUUUGAGCAAAUGACCAUCCUGUAUGACAUCUGGAACUCGGGUCUGGACGGGGAAGACUUGAGUUUCCUGAAGAAGACAUACGAGAAGCUGCUGCAGGACGACCACAGCUCUGACUGGCUCAACGACACCCACUGGGUCAACCACACUGUAACCAAUUUGCCGAACCCCCGGCGUAAAAAGAAGAGCGCGGACGGCCAGCUGCGGGAGCAUGUGACGGGAUGCGCCAGGAGCGAAGGCUACUACGCCAUCAGCCGCAAGGAGAAGGACGUCUACCUGGACCUGGACCUGCCUGAGCAGGUCAUACGGGAAGUCGAAAACGUCGACAGCUCGGGAGCUAAUCGGGUGCUAUCAGAGAGGCGCUCAGAGCAGCGGCGUCUCCUCACUGUCAUCGGAACCACAGCCGUCAUGGACUCUGACCUACUUAAGCUGAACCAGCUUAAGUUCAGAAAGAAGAAGCUGCGAUUUGGGCGCAGCAGGAUCCAUGAAUGGGGCCUGUUUGCCAUGGAGCCCAUCGCCGCCGACGAGAUGGUCAUCGAGUACGUCGGUCAGAACAUCAGACAGAUGGUGGCCGACAACCGGGAGAAGCGGUACGCUCAGCAGGGCAUCGGGAGCAGCUACCUGUUCAGAGUGGACCACGACACAAUAAUAGACGCCACCAAGUGUGGCAACCUGGCGCGCUUCAUCAACCACUGCUGCACUCCAAACUGCUACGCUAAAGUCAUCACCAUAGAGUCUCAGAAGAAGAUCGUGAUCUACUCCAAGCAGCCGAUCGCCGUUAACGAGGAGAUCACCUACGACUACAAAUUCCCCCUGGAGGAGAACAAAAUCCCCUGCCUGUGUGGAACGGAGAACUGCCGCGGAACGCUCAACUAGUGAAAAAAAGCACUUCUUGUCCUUUUCUUCUCGCCAGCAGCUGACCUUUACCUCUUUUCUUUUUUUUUUUCUUUUUCGUCAGAGUUCAGAGCCCCAGAAAGUAGGAAACGGUGUCGCACACAUUUGCACUUUUCACUUCAAUUGACGUUAACGCGCCUCCUGUUUGGGUUUCUCAACAUCGGAGGAGUGGCAGUAUUGAGCAAGUCAUUAAAACCUUCUUCUUUUUUUUCUAUUUCCACGCCAGCGUCCGUUUGAUAAACGGUGACACACAGGUCAUUUCUGUCUGUGUCGGAUCAGUCUUUUUACACAUAUCAUGGGAUUUUUCUUUUUUUAUAUAUAUAUUUUUUUUCCCCCCCCAGCAUCCAUAUUCAUCCCCACACAAACGCACAGGAAUGCCAGAAAAAUUCAGGGUUUUUAAAAAUCGCUUGUCAUGGGCGCACUUUUAAAAUAAUAAUAAUAAACUUCUUUCAACUAGGUUUCCAGUCAUGCAGGAUUUCUGAGUGCGAUAGUUGUUUUGUGAUUCCUUUCCAUCUCUCUUUUGAAAACCUUUGCUGUAAUUAAUAGUAUUUUGUUGCGUUGGCAGAAAGUUUCUUAUAAUGAAAUGACUUUCCCCCUCCGUGUCCCUCUUGGUUCUGAUUUGCAACAACCUUCUGCUGUCUAAAAGUGUUAAUAUUUCUCCUUUCUCAGCCGUUACUGACAGUCAGCACAACAGAACAGUUUUCUCCCUUCACUCUGAUGUACCUGCUUUUAACUGCUCAUUAUUUGCUGCGUUUCUUCUGUAUGAAAGGUUUUCAGAUUCUCACAAAGUUUGCUUGAAUAAAGCACUUGGAAAUGUUAUUUAGUGCUUGGAUGUUCCCUACAGGUUCUCCAAGAAUAAAGGAACAAAAAAAAAAAUGCAAACAAUCGUUUCUUUCAGGGUUCCUACACACAAUUUUCUUGACGACUUGUUAAAAUGUUAGGUUUUUCCAGACAUUUUAUGCUACAUUUAAAUGAUUUUGCCUUCAUUUCCAAUUUUUUACACAUCAGUGUUUAGAUUUUUGAAUGUCUGUACAUUCAAAAAUAACUAAAAAUGGCCGUUUCAGUAGAUUUUAGACGGACACGUUUACUGAAUUUGUUUUCAUGUUUGCAUUUAUUGUGCGAGACUCCAACCCAUAUUUGGCAAAUUACAGAUUUUUUUUGAAAUGUAGUAUGUAAACUGUAAGUUAUGACAACUGUGUAGGAACCCUGUGCAUUAUAUAUUUUCUUCUUCCUGCCUUAAAAAGUGCGUAUAUCAGUUUCUCUUUGUGUUCCUGUUUUAUUUCAACAACAACAACAAAAAAAGUCUGUUGGAAGAAAACGGCUGAAGGAUUUCAACUUGUUUUCAUUGAUGACACAGAUGUUUAGUUGCUUUCCAAGGUUAUCUUUAAAAGAAACUCCCCCUGCUCCUCCAAAAUUCACUUGUAUUUAUUUUAUCUGAGUGUUUAUCACAUACCGAACGUCCCUCACUAAAAUGUUCUAUCUUGACGCGGCGGACGGAAAAGUUGUGUUUUUUGUACGUCGCUGUUUUUCUGCUGGAUGAGUUAGUGUUGCACUGCAGACAGUCGGGCUCUCCCGUGUUUACCCUGAGUUUUUAUUUUUAUUUAUUUUUUUUUCCCGGACCGUCCAAAGUUUAACUUCGAUGUUGAAACUUUCAACCAGACUCCCUCUUUUUUUCUUUUUUUCUUUUUUGUUCCCACGCAACCUGAAAAUUGUGUACUAUAAUGCUUGUUGCAAUGAAAGCCUUUCCUUACAAAACAAAACUUAUUUACGACAGGAUAAAACAUUAAAAAAAAAAAAGAAGUAAAUGUAAAUAUUGUAGAGAUGUUUGUUUCUCGUAGAAACAAGCAGAUUCCAAGCUGUAAAUAUGUUGUUCCUUUUCCUCUCUCCGUGAGGAAACGUGUACAUACCUUUCAUUCAUUUAUUUUUUAUUGUUUUUUUUCCUCUUAAUUUGAUUAUUUUAAUAUUAUUUGCAAUAUUUCUCUUGUAUUAAUGCGUUGAACCCUUUAUUAAUGGUGCAUUAAAAAUAUUUUUUAAAUAAAAACAAGAAAAUCUGA